UUACAGCGGCGUAUAGCUGAAAAAGGAAACAAGUAGCGGACAAAAGUAGAAAGAGUUCCCGCCAUGUCAGCAUGUAAGACGCCGCGCGUGAAUCUCGCGAGCUGAAUCCCCGCCACCCAGACCCAAGCCCCUUCUUUCCAUAAGAGACAAACCUCCCUUCUUCUUCUUACCCAUCUCUUUUAGUCUUAACUUUUUCUCUUUCUCUCCUCGCAAUUUUAGCUCCUUCUCUCGUCUCCCCUGCCCUCAUUUCCAAUGACUUUGUCUUCAUGAUCCGAUUCUUUGCGUUCCCGCUUUACCAUCACCACCAUCAUCAAGAAUUCCCCUUUGAUCACAAAGCUCAUCAGAUCUCUGUAUCAAUUGUUCAUCCAUCGCUUCGAUAUUGCAACCUUGUUGGAUAAGGUUCGUGUUUCUCUACAAUUCCAACGCCUUGAAUUUACUUCACAUUCGUGGUUCUUUAGACUCUUUACCUUUUUCCUUCUUUCUUAUUGGUUGCUCUUCUUUUCAAUUUUAAUAGCAAUUAAAUUGUCUCUUAAAAUGGCAGAUAUAUCUUAAUGCCCGAUUCUCCAACAUCAAAGCUUCUUCAAUCAUAAUUGAUUUUUGUUCCUUGAAUUCGGCCAAUUUAACCCAAAAAUACAUUCACGUUAUCAUAAUUCUAUAUCCAAGAAAUGUCUGAGCCUCCAUUGAAACCGGUUCUCCAAAAGCCACCUGGAUACAAAGACCCAAACUCCCUGGCAGCCCAGCCUGGGUUUAGACCCCCGCCACGAAAACCGGUUCUCCCACCUUCUUUCCAUCCCAAGAAAAAAAAGAGUAGCUGUUGUCGUGUUUGUUGUUGCUGUUUCUGCAUCUUCUUUUUGAUCCUGCUUCUCCUCAUCGUCGUUUGCGGCACUGUUUUCUACUUUUGGUUCGACCCGAAAUUGCCCGGUUUUCAUGUCCAAUCAUUCCGGGUCUCCCGCUUUAACGUUACCCAAAAACCUGAUGGAACCUACCUCGACGCCACAACGACGAUAAGAAUCGAAGUGAAGAACCCAAACGGAAAGAUGACGUAUUAUUACGGCAACACGGAGGUUGACGUCAGCGUUGGGGAGGGUGAGGAUGAGACUGAAUUGGGAACGACACAGGUGCCCAAGUUCAGUCUGGGGAAACAGAAGUCGACGAGUUUGAAAGUGGAAACAAAGGCGAGUAACAAGCUGGUGGCUGAUGGGAUUGGGAAUAGGCUUCAGACUGGGUACCGAAGCAAGACUUUACCGGUGAAUGUGGAAGCUCGGACGAAAGUUGGAUUGGGCGUGGCAGGGUUGAAGAUUGGUAUGGUGGGGGUUACUGUUAAGUGUGAUGGAAUCACCAUGAAACAGCUUGACGGUGAUGAUAUGCCUAAAUGCGACAUCAACAUGUUAAAAUGGCUCAAUAUUCAUUGAUACAGAUCACAUGCAUGGAAGUUCAAGGUAGAAAAAGAAAAGACUGAUCGAUGAGGCAAUUCUUCAACAUUUUUAUCUACAUUGGAUUUUAGCUAGUUUUAUCUUUUUUUUUUUUUUUUCCUUAUAUAAUUACAAUAGUUGUUUUAUUACUACAUUUAUUCAUACAUUAUAUUUGUGGAAAAUGAAAGGGGAGAUGCAACACCAAAGAGUAUAUCAUAAACAGCCUAACGUGCGUCCAUGUCUGAACUCUGCUUUCUUGUGAUGUAACGGGGGUACAUAUAUCAUUUUUAUUAAUGGGGUUGAAUUUAAUUAUUUGUGUA